AUGCCGGUGAAAGAUGAGGCUGACCCUGACUAUCGGCAGAGGGAAGAAAAGGACGGAAUGACUGCCGAAGAAAGAAAAUCCGUCAAUGAUUUUCUCAAAAAACACGUUAAAAUAUUAAAGACUAUGGCAAAAAACAAUAAUGUAAUUGAAGAAAUUCAAGAAUUAAUACAACAAAUUAAAGCAGAUUAUCAGGAGGGGGCUGAUUUUGAAUUUGUGACUCCAAAUUUAAUUAAAAAAGCAAGCAAAGGAGUUCAUAUUAAAAUUCUUUCCCCUCGGGUAAAAAAGUUUUGCCGCGAAAAGUUUAAUUUUCCGCAUGGGAUUGACAAUUUAGAUUAUGAAAAAGGCGACCAAGAAGGCACUGACUUCUAUUAUCGAGUUAAUGCAAACAAUAGUAAUGAUGAUUGA